AUGGUUCCAGUAUCGUUAGUAAAUGCAGAUCCAUGCUUGCUAGACAUUGCUACCGGUCAGACGGGCGUUACAUCAGCCACAGCAGCCACAGCAGCCAUAAGUACCACCAGACACAUUGACAGGGUUCACAUGAUGGUCAUGCGUUUAAACAAUGCAAUCGAUGAUUACAUCAUUGUGAUAUCUAUGCAUUCUCUUGGAACGCCUGUCCAGAAGUAG